AAGAAAAAGAAAAAGAAAAGAAAAGAAAGAAAACCGAGAUUAGACGGUCUCGUCCCGCUAAGUCAAAAAAGCAAAGUAAAAUACCAAAAAUUCAGUUUUUCCCGGCUGGCAAUGAACGUCCAUUAAUUGAGCACUCUAUAAAUAGUUGGAGAGGCCAGGCCACAGAGCUCAACAACUCAUACCUGUCAAAAAGCUUAUACACAACCCAUUUUCUUACACAUUCUCCUCAAUAUUUGAUUGGAUUCUUUUAAUUCUUGAACCUCUUGAUCCGCCUCUCUUUUUGCAAAUCCUUCAUAACCUUUGAAUCUUGCCUCCUUUUUUGUUUUCUUUUGCCUUAACAAGAAAAACAUUUACACGAGGGGAGGGGAGACACAGAGAAAAAAGAAAGAUGGAGCAGAAGCAUUUCUUGUUGUCUGCUUUGAGUGUAGGAGUUGGGGUUGGGUUGGGAUUGGCUUCUGGGCAGAGCAUAAGUAGAUGGGCUGGUGGAAAUGUUUCUCCAGAUGAUGUCUCAGCUGAGCAGAUUGAGCAGGAAUUGAUCAGACAGGUGAUUGAUGGCAGAGACAGUAAGGUCACCUUUGAUGAGUUUCCUUAUUACCUCAGUGAUAUAACUCGGGUUUCAUUGACAAGUGCUGCAUAUAUUCAUUUAAAGCACUCAGACGUUUCCAAGCACACCAGGAACCUCUCACCUGCUAGUAGGGCUAUUUUGCUUUCAGGACCUGCUGAACUUUACCAGCAAAUGCUCGCCAAGGCUUUAGCUCAUUACUUUGAGUCCAAGUUGCUGUUAUUGGAUGUUACUGAUUUUUCCAUAAAGAUACAGAGCAAAUAUGGAUGCACUAAAAAGGAAUCUUCUUUCAAGAGAUCCAUAUCAGAGGCGACAUUGGAACGAAUGUACAGUUUGUUUGGUUCUUUCUCAAUCCUACCUCCAAGAGAAGAAAUAAAAGGCACAUUACAUCGGCAAAGCAGUAGUUUGGACAUUAGAUCAAGAAGUAUCGAAGGUUUGAAUAAUCAUUCCAAACUUCGCAGAAAUGCCUCUGCUGCCUCUGACAUGAGUAGCAUGGCCUCCCAAUCUGCUUCCACAAAUUCAGCUUCCCUCAAGCGAGUGAGUGGCUGGUGUUUUGAUGAGAAACUCUUUCUGCAAUCGCUUUACAAGGUAUUGAUUUUAAUAUCAGAAAGAAGUUCUGUCAUUUUAUAUCUUAGGGACGUUGAAAAGGUUCUUCUUCAAUCAGAAAGGAUGUACAACUUGUUCAGUAAAUUCUCGAAGAAACUUUCUGGUUCAGUUUUGAUACUUGGUUCCCGUAUGGUGGACCAAGAAGAUGAUUGCAGACAAGUAGAUGAGAGACUUACCAUGAUAUUCCCGUACAAUAUUGAGAUCAAACCACCAGAAGAUGAGACUCAUCUUGUCAGCUGGAAAGCACAGCUGGAAGAAGACAUGAAGAUGAUUCAGUUUCAAGAUAACAAAAACCACAUUGUUGAGGUACUUGCAGCAAAUGAUAUUGAAUGUGAUGAUUUGGCUUCAAUUUGUCACGCAGACACAAUGGUUCUUAGCAAUUACAUAGAAGAAAUUGUGGUGUCAGCAAUAUCAUAUCAUCUGAUGAAUAAUAAGGAUCCAGAAUACCGAAAUGGAAAGCUCGUUAUAUCAUCUAAGAGCUUGUCCCACGGAUUGGGUAUAUUCCAAGAAGGUAAAAGUGGUGGGAAAGAUACUAUAAAACUGGAAACAAAUGGUGAAGUUGGCAAGGACACUGAAGGGGAAGAGGCUGUUAGUGCAAAGGCUGAAACCCCAACAUCUGAAAAUAAGGGUGAAACAGAGAAAUCUGUUCCUGGAGUCAAGAAGGAUGGAGAGAAUCCACCUCCGGCUAAAGCACCUGAAGUUCCUCCUGACAAUGAAUUUGAGAAACGAAUCAGGCCAGAGGUUAUCCCAGCAAGUGAGAUUGGAGUGACAUUUGCAGACAUUGGUGCCUUGGAUGAAACUAAAGAAUCACUUCAGGAGCUAGUCAUGCUUCCUCUUCGAAGACCAGACCUCUUCAAAGGUGGACUUCUUAAGCCUUGCAGAGGCAUAUUGCUAUUUGGCCCCCCAGGCACAGGAAAAACAAUGCUAGCCAAGGCCAUAGCAAACGAAGCUGGAGCAAGUUUCAUUAAUGUCUCAAUGUCUACCAUCACUUCAAAAUGGUUUGGUGAAGACGAAAAGAAUGUCCGAGCGCUGUUUUCACUUGCUGCAAAGGUCUCCCCAACUAUCAUAUUUGUUGAUGAGGUUGAUAGCAUGCUUGGGCAGCGGACCAGAGUUGGUGAGCAUGAGGCCAUGCGGAAGAUAAAAAAUGAGUUCAUGACGCAUUGGGAUGGACUGUUGACAAAACCUGGUGAGCGAAUUCUUGUCCUUGCUGCAACCAACAGGCCAUUUGACCUUGAUGAAGCAAUUAUCAGGAGGUUUGAGCGCAGAAUUAUGGUUGGCCUUCCAUCAAUUGAGAGCAGGGAAAUGAUCUUGAAGACUCUUCUGGCAAAAGAGAAAACUGAAGAUCUGGACUUCAAGGAACUUGCAACUAUGACAGAAGGAUAUAGUGGAAGUGAUCUUAAGAACUUGUGUGUGACAGCUGCUUAUCGACCUGUUAGAGAGUUAAUACAGCAGGAGAGAUUGAAGGAUAAAGAAAGAAAGCAGAAAGCUGAAGAGGGUACAAGCUCAGAAGAGGCUUCAAGUACAAAGGAAGAAGAUAAAGGGGAGCGAGUAAUUACUCUUAGGCCUUUAAACAUGGAAGAUAUGAGGCAGGCAAAGAAUCAGGUUGCUGCUAGUUUCGCAACUGAGGGUUCAAUAAUGAGUGAGCUAAAGCAAUGGAAUGAUUUGUAUGGAGAAGGAGGUUCAAGGAAGAAGCAACAAUUAACUUACUUCCUCUAGAUUGUAGAAAGCUGUCAUCUCAGGGGCACAUCAGUAAUGGAAAGGAUGCCGAAGUUCAAGGAAAGCCCAUGUGCUGCAAGUGAAAUGUAAUUGAUCCAGGCAUGCAACAGUGCAGCAAUGAAUAGAACGCAGCAGUACCCGAGUCUCAGAGUGAAAUUCUAGCAACUCAAGCUGAGAUUGUGUCAGGGUGUAGUGUGUUAUUUUAAGUCAUAGAAAUUUGUAUUCCAUGCAAACAAGAGAGGGUUCUUAUGUUCGUUAGGCCACCCUAACGCCAUUGGACACCACAUUUGGUUAUUGUAAUUAUGUUCUAAGAAUGUGUGGUACUAGGAAAUGCAAUGUGUUCGUGGAAUUUUGGAGGAACCCUUUAUAUUGGGGUUUUAUUAGAUAAAUUGCAGCCAAUGAACAAUAUCCUCAUACAUUAGCAUUUGUACAUUGGUCUUGUAUAAACUAGUAUACUUCUUAA